AUGUUCCUGAUGCCAACCUCUUCAGAGUUAAACAGCGGGCAGAACUUCUUAACCCAGUGGAUGACCAAUCCUUCUCAGGCUGGGGUCAUACUAAAUCGUGGAUUUCCUAUUUUGGAAGCAGAGGAAGAGAAGGGAGCAGCUGUGAACGUUUCUCCCAGCUUUCCAAUUCAAGCCACACAUUUUUCAAACAGCCUCAGCUUCAUAAGUGAAGAAGAUUCAGUUCGUGAAAAACAGAAGUUGGAGUCUGACAGCCCUUACAAACUGCAAUCAGAUGAAUCUGAAACCCGUAUGAUCUUUCCUUUAGUUAAAAAGGGACCACAAAUAGUGACAUGUCAGGAUGCUCCUGGACACCAGGAAGAUAACAAAGAUGACUUUAUCACAGAUCUUGAGAGUAAAUUCAAAGAAAUGGCUUAUAAAGACCCACUUUUAAAAAAACUUGAACAGCUGAAAGAAGUACAACAGAAGAAGCAGGAACAACUGAAGAGGCAACAGUUCGAGCAACUACAAAGACUCUUGGAAGAACAAGAGAAGCUGCUUACUCUGGUGUCUGGGCAACGUACACUUCCAGGUUUUACCUUACUGCCUGAUGAUCAGAGCCAGAGGUACAGAUCUCCAGGAAACUCAAAUGCCACUGGAGAGAAAGCCACGCCCUUCUUACCAUCAUAUAUGUACCCAAAUCAAGCCCAAGAAAAAACUCAUGCUUCCAACAUUCUGUCUGAUGAACAAAACAGUUUCUGUAGAACUACUCAUCAAGAUUUUGUCUUAUCUUCAAAAAGUACUUCUUUCAAUUUGUUUGAUGAGGCGCAAUAUCAGGAUGUGUUUGUGAAAAAAAAUGAUUCUAAGGAAGAAAACCAUAACCAUUCCACAGGAGAAGAUACUUUAUCAUGUUGGGAGAAAAUGACAGAACAGAUUCAGGAAGGGAAUGAUAUGAACUUAAAAAAAAUUGAUGGUUCCUCAGAAAUGGUUAAUGUUGAAGAAAGGCCUAUUAAAGCUGCUUUUAGAGAAAGGAAACAGACAUUUGAAGACUUCUUAGAAGAACAAAUUCGGUUGGAAGAACAAGAACUGAAACAAAAACAGCUAAGGGAAGCAGAAGGACCAUUGCUAGUCAAAGCAAAACCAAAACAACCAUUCUUAAAACGAGGAGAAGGUUUAGCUAGAUUUACUAAUGCUAAAUCUAAGUUUCAAAAAGGGAAAGAAAGUAAACUAGUGACUAACCAGAGCACUUCAGAGGUCCAACCUGUGUUUAAAAUAGAAAAACAACCAUUCCAGCGGAAGACUGCUCUUAUAAAUAAAGAUCUGUAUGCAGAGAACCCUACUGUUAGAAAGGACAAUAAAGUUAGAAUCAAGAGUGGUUCUGUCACACUCAGUCAGAAGCCAAAGGUACUUAAGAGUAAUAAUGGCAAAAGUGGAAUCUCUCCAUCAGGAUUGAAAAUGCACACGGGGAAGAAAUGUGAUGGGCAAUUUAGAGACCAGAUCAGAUUAGAAAAAAAAGUUGAAUCUAAUAAUAAAGAAAAUCUGCCUGAUUGUAUAAAACCUUGUCAUACUGGUUGCAAAGUGUGGAAUAGGACACAAGGUAAAGACAGAGUUCCUUUUUCGACAGGGCCGGUCAGCUGUGUGGCUUCUGAGAGCCCAAUAAGUGAGGCUGUGAAAGAGUCUGAGUCUUCUCUUGAUGUUUCUCUUCAGAAGAAGUUAGAGAAUUGGGAACGACAAAAGGAAAAGGAAAAUUUGGAAUUAGAUGAGUUUUUGUUUUUAGAACAAGCUGCUGAUGAAAUGUCAUUUUCUAGUAAUUCCUCAUUUGUACUGAAAAUCUUAGAAAGAGAUCAUCAGAUCUGCAAAGGUUACCAGAUAUCUUCUACCCCUGUCAAAGCUGUGCAGCAGGAGAAGAGAAAUCCAGUGGAUCCAGUUAGUCAGUGUAACCACAGUGAGGAUCCAGGCCAUACUGUACGUGAAAAGAAGAGUGAGUGUGAGGUCACACCCAAGGAACUUGGUUCAGUGUCCUCACCUGAUGGGUUGAGGGAACAGUCUUGUAAAAUCAGGAGGAGAGCCUUCCAAAUAGGCAUCUCUGAAAAUCAAACUCCAUGGAAUGCAAGUGAUGAUGAAGGUGUUAAAAACAGUGAUAGUAGCACUGGUUCUGAGGAACAACUUGAUGUUCCUAUAAAGCCAUUGGCUGAGGAUAGAGAAAGGUGUUUCAGCAGCAGAGAGGAUAGCCCACAAGUCUGUGACGGCAGGGGGCCUUUUGGGGAUACCAGGACUAAAGAAGAUAAAAGGAGAGAUGUUGAUCUGGAUUUGUCUGAUAAAGAUUAUAGUAGUGAUGAGCCUAUUUUAAUAGAAAUCAUAAAAAAUAAAGUAUCUGACUCCUCAAGAAGACCCUCACCUCUAAGUAUGAGUAAAAUUGACUUCGAUGAUGAAAGAACGUGGACCGACCUUGAAGAGAAUUCAUGUCAACAUGAUGUUAUUCUUGGGGAUGAAGACAUUUAUGGGCUGCCCCAGACACGGUUCUCUAAUAAGAGUGAAAUAUGUGUCCUGGACAAAACCAUAAAAAGGAAGGUUGCACCAGUCAAGAAGGGAGAAGACUUGAGUGAGCCCAGGAGGAACAGAAGUCCUCCUCCUGCAUCGGAACUGAUGAUGAAACUCUUCCCUUCUUUGAAACCAAAACCAAAAUCAGAUUCACACUUGGGAAAUGAACCCAAGUUAAACAUAAGUCAAGACCAAUCACCUGGUGACAGUGCUCUAUCCCAGGGUUUGAGAGAGAAAGUUGUUGAAUUGGAAACAGAAAUAGAAAAAUUUAAAGCUGAGAACACAUCUUUAAAUAAACUUCGCAUUGAACAAGAAAGUGCCUUGGAAAAACUCAGGAAAGAAAUUGCAGACUUUGAACAACAGAAAGCCAAAGAAUUGGCUCGAAUAGAAGAGAUUAAAAAGGAAGAAAUGAGGAAGCUACAAAAGGAACGUAAAGUUUUUGAAAAGUAUACUACAGCUGCAAGAACUUUUCCAGAUAAAAAGGAACGUGAAGAAAUACAGGCUUUGAAACAGCAAAUAGCAGAUUUACAGGAAGAUUGGAAAAGAAAGGAAGCAAAAUGGUCAAGUACACACGGCCGUCUCAGAAGCCAAAUAGAAAUGUUGGUCAGAGAGAACACAGACCUUCGGGAAGGGAUAAAAGUGAUGGAGAGAUUCCGACUAGAUGCCUGGAAGAAAGCAGAAGCCAUUGAGAGCAGCCCCAGGAUGGAUCAGUGUGUGACUGCCAUGAAAAAAGAGGAGUCUGUGAACCCAUCUGUUCGAUUUCAAAAGAGUCAGAUUUCUUCAGGAACCCAGCUAGAAAAGUACAAGAAAAAUUAUUUGCCAAUGCCAGGCAAUCCAUCUCGAAGAUUCAAGUCUGUACCACCUCGUGAUUUAGGCAAUUUGGAUAAGGGACAAGCUGCCUUGCCCGGGGAGCCACUUGAGUCAGUGAACUUUCCUGAUCCUGAAUAUGAAGAGAAGGAAGAAAACGAAGAAAUUCAGGGAGUAAUCUAUCAUCCUGAUGGAAAGGUGGAAAAGGUUUGUAACAACGGGUGCCGUUUUAUUCUGUUUCCCAAUGGAACGCGGAAGGAAGUGGGUGCGGACGGGAAGACCAUCACCCUCACCUUCUUGAACGGUGACGUGAAGCAGGUCAUGCCAGACGAGAGAGUGAUCUACUACUAUGCAGCGGCCGGGACCACCCACACCACCUACCCGCAAGGCCUGGAAGUCUUACAUUUCUCCAGCGGACAAAUAGAAAAACAUUUCCCAGAUGGAAGAAAAGAAAUCACGUUUCCUGACCAGACUAUUAAAAAUUUAUUUGCUGAUGGACAAGAAGAAAGCAUUUUUCCAGAUGGUACAAUUGUCAGAGUACAACGUGAUGGCAACAAAAUCAUAGAGUUUAAUAAUGGCCAAAGAGAACUCCAUACUGCCCAGUUCAAGAGACGGGAAUAUCCAGAUGGCACAGUUAAAACUGUGUAUACAAAUGGUCAUCAAGAAACCAAAUACACAUCUGGUCGAAUAAGAGUUAAGGACAAGGAUGGUAAUGUUCUCAUGGACACAGAAUUGUAAUGCUCCUUGUGUGCCUUAAUCAUGAAGUAACACUGAUUUUCUUGUUUAAACAAUAUACAUUUAACUUAUAUAGACUGUGUG